UUAGCGGUUUCCCGUCGCGAGGAUGGAGUUUUUCGCGGUCUCGUACUCCGCCGCCGCGUCCUCCUCCUUCUCCCUCACGCUUCCUCCUCCUCCUCCUCCUCCUCUCGCUCCUACUCCCUUCGUUCGCUUUGUUGUCCGAAUACGGGGCCCGUACAACAACAGGCGCCGCGUCUCCGCCCUAUCCAAAACCCUAGAGGAAUCCCCCGCCUCCUCCUCUUCUUCCUCUUCCUCCUCCUCCUCCUCCUCCUCCUCCUCCACUCCUACCUCGGCCUUCAUUGCCAAAUCAUUCAAAUCCCCAGCGAGGAGAUCCGCCAUUGCUGAGGUUGAAGCUUCGAGCGACCUCGAUGCAGCUCUAUCCAGAGUAGAAGGAAUAUUGCGAAUACAAGAUUAUAACAUCAUUUUACGCUAUUUUGGGGAGUCGAGAAGAUGGAGUGAAAUGUCUCAGCUUUUUGAAUGGAUGCAAAAGCACGAGAAGCUUGACUUUGUAUCAUAUAGCAGCUAUUUCAAAUAUAUUGGUGUAAGCUGUAAUCCUGCAAAGGCCUUACAAGUGUACGAGAGUAUCCCUGAUAAGCUGCUGAAAGUCAAUGUAUCUGUUUGUAAUUCUUUCCUUGGUUGUAUGCUAAGGAAUGGAAGGUGUGAGAGCGGUCUCAAGUUGUUUGAGCAGAUGAAAGAUGACGGUCUCUCACCAGAUUUGGUCACCUAUAGUACUCUUAUAGCCGGUUGCACAAAACUGAAGAGUGGUUAUUCGAAGGCAAUGGCGUUGGUCCAGGAAAUGAAAAAUAAUGGGGUGCGCAUGGAUAGUGUGAUGUACGGCACUCUUUUGUCCAUCUGUGCAGCUAAUAAUUUAACUGAAGAGGCAGAGAAGUAUUUUCAGCAAAUGAAGGAUGAAGGAUGCCAUCCUAAUUUGUUCCACUACAGCUCUUUGCUUAAUGCAUAUGCUGUAGAUAGGGAUCACGUAAAGGCUGAGAAGUUGGUAAAUGAUAUGAAAUCUUCAGGAGUAGCACCCAAUAAGGUUAUCCUGACAACUUUAUUGAAAGUGUACGCUAGAGGCAGUCUUUUUGAAAAGUCAAGGGACCUCUUAGCUGAAUUAGAGGCUUUAGGAUAUGCUGAAGAUGAGAUUCCAUAUUGUUUAUUACUGGAUAAUCUAGCCAAGGCAGGACAUAUACGGGAAGCAAAGAAACUAUUCACUGAGAUGAAGGAAAAAAGGGUGAAAUCUGAUGGGUAUUCCUACAGUAUCAUGAUUUCAGCAUUGUGUCGAUGUGGUUUACAUCUAGAAGCGAAACAACUUGCAAAGGAAUUUGAAGCCAGCUAUGAAAAGUACGAUUUGGUCAUGCUAAAUACGUUACUUAGGGCUUACUGCAAUGGGGGAGAUAUGGAGAGUGUGAUGAAAAUGUUGAGAAAAAUGGAUGAGCUGACUAUUGCUCCUGAUUGGAACACCUUCCAUAUCCUUAUUAAGUACUUCUGUAAGGAGAAGCUGUACCACCUUGCCUAUAAAACAAUUGAAGACAUGCAUAGCAAAGGCCAUCAACUAAAUGAUGAAUUGUGUUCUUCAUUAAUUUGGCAGUUAGGAGAAGCAGGUUUUCCAUCGGAAGCUUUUUCUGUUUAUAAUAUGUUAAGAUAUAGUAAGAGGACCUUGUGUAAGUCCCUGCAUGAGAAGAUGCUGGACAUAUUAGUUGCGGCAGGAUUUCUCAAAGAUGCUUAUGUUGUGAUGAAGGAUAAUUUUGAGGUGAUUUCGACACACUCCUUGGAGAAGUUUGUUAGUUCAUUCAUGAAAUCAGGCAACAUAAAUUUGAUGAACGAUGUUUUGAAAGCAUUUCACCGUUCCGGAAAACAUAUUAAUGAGGAUGUAUUCCGUUCAGCUGUUUCACGCUACAUAAGCAUGCCUGAUAAGAAGGAGCUGCUCUUGCAAUUGCUGCAAUGGAUGUCUGGACAAGGCUAUUGUGUGGACUCAUCAACACGAAAUUUGCUUCUGAAGAAUGCGUCUCUCUUCGGUCGGAAACAGCUAAUAGCAGAUAUUCUAUCCACGCAGCAAAUGAUGUCAAAGAAGCUCAAAAGCCAAAAUAUAAGGAGAUAAUGAAAAGUUAAACUGAAGCACUCAAGUGAGUUCUUGAUCUUUUGAAGUGGCCACUCGUACAAGGCGGAUUGCUCACGAUCCAUGCAAUUUUAAGAGUGGUGGGGCUUUUAGAACUAAAGAGGUGACUCCAUGUGCGUGCUUGAUGGUCAGUUUGGUUGAUCAUUGGAUUCAUUAUGUAUGGCACGGCUUGUGGAACAAGACUACAGUCAAGCAUAUGGCAAGUGGAAAUCUCAACUCAACUAGCAGUGCUGUAAAAGCUUAAGAUAGGCCAAAUAGGCCAUUAGAUUCAAUCAGCUUACACUUGUAUGCUUUGCAACGUAAGAUCAUAUGUAGCCACUAUGGUUUACGGAUAACAAGGACAUCGAAAAGGAGAAUCUGAAUCUCAAGCUAAAGACCUAGAAGGUUCUUGCAUGGGAUUAUUAAAAAACAAGCUGGAUCUAUUUUGUUACUAAGGAAUCUGAGAACCGUGGGAAAUAGUGCAUUGGCUUCUAUUGAAUCAUACUUUUGGUACCUCUAUAUAUAUAUUUUUAAAUCUUUCGGUUCUUGUUAGAAUGAUCUUUUUUGUAUAUUGAAGUCUGAAAAGAGUGUUUGGAUUGAGUAGGUUGGGUGUGGUGAAUGAUUCUGAAGCUCGAUCCAUGUUUUCCUUUUUUUUUCCCCUCUCUCUCUCUCUCCGCAACUUGCUCUGUAUAUGUAUAGAUUAUCAAUGAGUCUGUAUAGAAAAUUAUUAAUAUAAACUUGAGCCCAGUGGCAAAUUUUAUGUAUGUUUGCAGGUAAUUAACA